AAUAGACCAAUCAGCUUUCGCGUCUCACGGCGGAGAAGGGAGUUUUCCAGUCGUGUAUAUUGCACGGCAUUGGUCCACUAUAUGCACGAUAUCGUGUAUACAGACGGUCUGAUGGCAGAACAAACGGAAGAUUUAAAGGCGUUUGAGAGGAGGCUGACAGAAGUCAUAGAUAAGCUUCAGCCCGCAGCAAGGUUCUGGAGAAUCAUCCUGAUCUUCAUCUCCGUGUGUACAGCAGUAGGGGCAUGGACGUGGCUCUGGGACCCCCUCACACCUCAGGUAUCGUUCACCCAGUCUCUGCUGAACCACCCAUUCUUCACCAUCAGCUGCCUCAUCCUCGUCAUGCUCUUCCUCUGGGGCAUCCACAAGCGAGUGGUGGCACCAUCAAUAAUUGCUUCCAGAUGCCGGCAAGUCCUGGGAGAUUAUAACAUGUCCUGUGAUGACACAGGAAAGCUUAUUUUGAAGCCUAGGCCAUCAACCUGACAUAAAGACCUCGCCUAGAGCCAGUGAAGGACUUUCAGUGCAGUACAUGUAUUAUCAGUGCAUAUCACAUCCCUUGCCUGCAGCCAGCAUCCAUGUCCGGGGCCCAUCAACAUGAAGUACCUGGCCCUGAUUGAGGAUACUGAAGCAGCAAGAUGAAGGAUGAUCAGCAUCAGUUAACCAGCUGUGUAAUUGUUAACUAGGGGGGCAGUUUGUAUGGACAUUUUAGAUUGAAUGUGAUUGAAUGUCCCCUUCAUAUCUGUAUGGACUUGGAGAGGACGCAUCACCGUGUUGUGUGGAAACUGAACUGGUUAAUAUUGGUGGGCAACCAAGUGUGAGGCCAUCAUGAAUCAUGAGAAGUGGAAUAUACACGUAUAUGUGUUUGGAUUUACAGCUCAUCAUGACAUGAGUCAUACUGUCAUUAGUAUUCUUUCAAUAAAUGAAAUGACCUGAAAUUAAACCAACUGAUAGAUCCAGAGAAGGCUGAGUUAGGGACAUAACACACACUAUGUACUGGUACAUGACCUAGCCACGGCAUGAGCUAGCAGCAUAACACACACUAUGUACAUGAUCUAGCCACAGCAUGAGUUAGGGACAUAACACACACUAUGUACAUGAUCUAGCCACAGCAUGAGUUAGGGACAUAACACACACUAUGUACAUGAUCUAGCCACGGCAUGAGUUAGGGACAUAACACACACUAGGUACAUGAUCUAGCCACAGCAUGAGUUAGGGACAUAACACACACUAGGUACAUGAUCUAGCCACAGCAUGAGUUAGGGACAUAACACACACUAUGUACAUGAUCUAGCCACAGCAUGAGUGAGGGACAUAACACACACUAUGUACAUGAUCUAGCCACAGCAUGAGUUAGGGACAUAACACACACUAGGUACAUGAUCUAGCCACAGUAUGAGUUAGGGACAUAACACACACUAUGUACAUGAUCUAGCCACAGCAUGAGUUAGGGACAUAACACACACUAUGUACAUGAUCUAGCCACGGCAUGAGUUAGGGACAUAACACACACUAGGUACAUGAUCUAGCCACAGCAUGAGUUAGGGACAUAACACACACUAGGUACAUGAUCUAGCCACAGCAUGAGUUAGGGACAUAACACACACUAGGUACAUGAUCUAGCCACAGCAUGAGUUAGGGACAUAACACUAUGCGUAUCCAGACACUUACAACAGAAGCAGGAUGUGCCAUUGUGCACCAAAAAGGGAAUGACUGUUUGAUAUUCUUAUGGGAGGUGGACUUGGAUUUUGCAUAUGUCAACCAAAUAUUUUAUAUUUUUCAGCCACAGCUGUAAAACCAGAUUAAAAAAAUUUAAACUAUGAGCCUAAUUAUUUUUUUGCAAUCUGGGACAAUAUAUUAUUUUUCUUAUAACCCCCCAAAUAUCUAAAGGUUGGUCCUUAAUGGUAUGAACAUUUUAAGAUGUAUCAGUUUGUAUGUCGUAUCCCUUUGUAAUGUAAUAUCUGCACAGCAUAAGUUGUGUUAGUGUGGCACUGUGUGUCAUGCUUAUUGGAUGAUGGAUGUAUGAUGAGGAAUUCAGCAUUGCAUCCUAAUGCAGUUCUUCUGUGUAUUUACAGUGUGUGUGGGAUACUAAGGGGUGCUUUCAGUCUAAUAGUCUGUCUGGUAAAUGUGAGAUCCACAUCUACAUUUGCUUCCUCUUCAUGUACAAGUCUGCAGUCCGAGCUAGAUAUAGGCUCCAUCAACAGAAGCUUUCUGCCCUAUUCACACCUAGUCCACAAGGGUAAGACUCAAGUUUCGGCCGAUGGAUGGUAGCAGCCUGUACAAUUGAACUAAACCUCACAAUUUCUGAAAAUUAGACUAACCCCUUCAUUUCAGUCAUGCAUCAUUUGACAUCUCAGAGAAUUAAAUAAAAAAAAAUGUACAUACUUCA